GCUUCAUUAUAGGCGCGCAUAUCGGGGCGUUUUGAAUUCAAUAGUCUGGCACAUUGCUUACGAUUGUGCUGCAUACUAUUAGAUCCCUUGCUACCUACAUUUGCUUCUUUUUACACUGCAGUGACGGUCCAACAGCGCGGCCGGCACUGAGAUGUGGAGUCGAGGAGCGCAGUUCAUAUGCUGGGUGUUUGCGGUUCACCUCAUAGGCAUCUGGCUCUUUACUCGAGGGUUUUUGCUUACUCGACUCGCACUCUCAGAGGUCAACUCCUGCGAUGUUUCCGACCCGAAUUGCACGUUAUCUCCCUCCUACAAACGCAUGGUAUUCCUGAUCAUCGAUGCCUUGCGUUUUGACUUCAUUUCACCUGACCCACCACUUCCCUCUUCUCCAUACUAUCACAAUGUCCUCAGUCUCCCAGCGGAACUGACGAAAGCGCAACCGGAUCGCUCUAUCAUUUAUUAUGCAUUCCCGGACCCACCUACAACUACUCUACAGCGCAUCAAAGGAAUAACUACUGGUUCACUUCCUACAUUCGUGGAUAUGGGCUCUAAUUUCGGUGGGUCUUCUAUAUUGGAAGACUCCCUUAUACGACAAUUGUAUGAAGCUGGAAAACAGAUUGCCUUCAUGGGUGACGACACAUGGAUGUCGGUAUUUCCAACUUCUUUCGCGCCUAAUAUGACCUUCCCUUACGAUUCAUUCAACGUUGAGGACCUCCAUUCCGUGGAUGAGGGUGUCAUACGACAUCUUCUUCCGCUCCUACGUGAGCAUACGAAGUCUUGGGAUUUUAUCAUUGGUCACUUCCUCGGAGUAGACCACGUUGGGCAUCGCCUUGGACCUGACCAUCCAACCAUGCAAGCAAAAUUACAGCAGAUGGACAACGUCCUUCGAGAGACCGUUGAGCUUCUUGACGAUGAUACGCUUCUCGUUUUGCUUGGCGACCAUGGAAUGGACAGGAAGGGUGACCAUGGCGGGGAUGGAGAACUCGAGACUUCAGCUGGACUCUGGUUAUAUAGCAAGACUCGCCCACUUGUUGACCCUCAAGCUGACAUUCCAGCCCAUUUAUUGACGAAUCGUACGUACCCUGGCGCGUCAACUGCACACCGUUCUGUGCAGCAAAUCGACCUGGUACCUUCCUUAUCCCUCCUUCUUGGUCUUCCCAUCCCGUUCAAUAACCUCGGCACUGUGAUCCCUGAAUUAUUUUGGACAGGAAAGCAAGCAACAUCGUUCGAGCAUGCUUUACGAACCAACGCUGCCCAGGUGAAGCGUUACCUGGAUGCAUAUCGCUUAAGUCCGGCUGGUAGCGAACUCGAUUCCGCUUGGAAAGACAUUCAAAGCGCGUGGCAAGGAGCCAUGGAAGGACAGGUGCCUGCUUUGACAAUGAACAUGUUCACCCGGUACGCUUUGGAAGCAUGUCGGAUGCUUUGGGCUCAGUUCAAUAUCACCCUUAUUGGACUGGGAUUAACGACUUUACUGUCGAGCAGCUUGGCGACAUUCGCGGUAUAUGAUUCGUUAGGUCGUAUUGUACAAUGGGAACCGUGGUUGGAUAGGAUCGCAAGUAUGACCUUGCGUUGGUCUGGAAUCGGCACGGUCUCAGGCUUGGUCGUUGCUUUUCCACUGCGUCCGUACGUAAAGGAUGUUGCAAUCUUUGACUAUGUUGCAUUCGGUGCUGCCAUCGCUUCCUCCUUCGCCGUCAUAAAGCAAGCACUUCCUGCCAGACGCUUAGAAAUCGGCUCUAUUUCCUCGAUACCCCUUCCUCUCGUUCUGCAUACCCUGUCCUUCAUGUCUAACUCAUACACGUUUUGGGAGGAUCACGUCAUACCCUAUCUCCUCCUUACCUCUAUCGCCCCAUUCGUCCUCACAGGAUUCACAGCCCCGACGCCACGCUUGCGAACUCGUAUCCUGUUCUUUUCCUCACUUUUCGCAGUCUGUGUUCGCCUCAUCGCAAUAAGCACAGUUUGCAGAGAAGAACAGCAGCCAUACUGUCAUGUUACGUUCUUCUCGGGGUCCACUAUCACGACACCUCCCGGUUUGAUACUUGCCAUCGUUGUACCCAUAGCAUUUGGGUUGCCUUCAGCCAUUCGACAAUACUUGAAGAUAUCCAAGUCGGAUCAAGGUUUGGCGAAUAUAUUGCUCCCGACAAUCUUCCCCAGCGUCUUGACGUCUUCCUCCUUCGUAUGGAUCUUGGAAUGGAUGGAGUCAUCGGAGGUAUUGGGUCCAUCGUGUUCAGGUGCUUUGCGUUUGACGCGUACCACCCUGGCCUGGCUAUCGAUAGGAACCAUCCUUGUGGUUGCUCUGACCUUGUGGUGGCUUAUUCCACUCUGUAUCAAGGUGGAGACAAGCGAACCUGCUGCCAACGAAAGGAGAGAAGUUACCAUCAUUGGUUUCGCGAACGCGCUUGGUUCGCCGUACCUCAUAUUCUGGCUCAUCUUCUUCAGCUUGGUGUUUACCACUACCCAAUUGGCUGGUCAGGUCAUACUGGCCUUAGCAACGGUAGCUUUGCUAUCGUUCUUAGAGGUGGUAGAUAGCGUUCGGGAUGUACGAGCCUUGAACCUCGCAUUCUCAUCUUCUAAACCAUCGGAGUUCCUUGCUCAGUCUCAAGAAACUCGAAGCACGCUCUCAACAGUAGGCCUUCGGUUCUCCGAAGUCACGCCUAUCGCGUUAUUGGCGCUUCAGGUUUUCUUCGGGACUGGGCACCAAGCUGUCAUAUCCACCAUCCAGUGGAAAUCCGCGUUCAUUCUCACAUCUUCUUUGACCUACCCUCUCUCCCCACUCCUGGUCAUCCUGAACAGUCUUGGCCCCGUCUUCGUCUUUGCACUGGCUGUUCCUCUGAUUGCAACCUGGAAUACACCACCUCUUCCAUAUCCACCAUCAACAGCACAGAACGCAACCUUACGCGCAUGUCUAGGUAUCUCAUUGUACUUCACUUCCCUGUUACUGGGAAGCGCAAUUAGCUCAGCGUGGCUAAGAAGACAUCUGAUGGUGUGGAAAGUCUUUGCCCCGAGGUUUAUGUUGGCUGCUUUAUGCUUGGUGGCGGUGGAUGUUGCUGUGAUCGUUGGGUAUGUCAUUGGGUUUGGGAGGAUUAGUGUGGCUGUUGGAAGGGUAUUUGGAAGUAUGCCUGGUGCUAAUGAUGCAGCAAAAGCACGAAAAUCACAAUAAACCUAUAUAUUCGCCUCAUGAUCUAACCGAGUCUUAUCAGUGUUGAAUGAACACCCUCAACAACUGGGCCUCUUGCGAAUCCAUCGGUUUCGGCUAUAACGACGCGCAAUCCAGGGCAUGUACGCGUACUCAGGAGGCCGAGUGGUACUGGCUGCAACGGCGACAUUCUCAAUCCUUCGGCCAUCGGAGGUCAGUGUUACACUCUAAUGCUCUAAAGUGAUGUAGAUACAGCGUCCGGGCCCAUGCUAUCUGAGCAAGCGAGGGCUCUGCAUUAGGAAACCUCAACUUUCGGCCAAUUGUCCGUAAUGUCUGUUUGGGUGAAUCGCCAAUCCUCUUUCUACGAGAGUGGCAUCCAGCGGUUUCUCGUUUUGAAAACCCUUUCAUACCCAACGGCAUAAAGAUGACAUUGACUG